AUGAAUGGAUAUCAGCUACAGCAGCAGGGCCAGCAGGGUCAACAGGCCCAGCAGUUGAACCAACAGCACUUUCCUUCAUUUGGUCAGAUUCCUCCUCAAGGAGCACAGACUCAGCUAUUAAGUGGCGUUCUCCCACAACAGCAAUCCCAACAGCCUCAACAGCAAGGGCCACCUGGCAUCCAAAACCCACCAAAUAUACAACCACAUCCAUCUGCGAUUCAAGGACCAAGAGCGCUGGACGAUGAAAAAGUUUACAAGUGGAUUGUGGAACUUUCGUACGGGCCUAACCGUGAGGAGGCCUUGUUGGAGUUGGGCAAACAGAGAGAACAGUAUGAAGAUUUACCUCUAGUGUUAUGGAACUCAUUUGGUGUUAUGACCUCCUUACUCGAUGAAAUUAUUAGUGUUUAUCCCUUGUUGUCUCCACCAAACCUAUCUUCAAGUGCAUCCAAUAGGGUAUGUAACGCGUUGGCUCUUUUACAAUGCGUUGCUGCUCACCCGGAGACAAGAACGUUCUUUUUGAAUGCCAACAUUCCACUUUUCUUGUAUCCAUUCCUCAACACAAACUCCAAGCAGAGAACGUUUGAAUAUUUGAGGUUGACGAGCUUGGGUGUUAUUGGUGCCUUGGUUAAGAACGACACUCCUGAGGUCAUCUCGUUUCUCUUGACUACUGAAAUAAUACCAUUAUGCUUAAGAAUCAUGGAGUCUUCUGCAGAACUGAGCAAGACAGUUGCAAUUUUCAUAGUUCAAAAGAUACUCACAGACGAUAACGGUCUUUCAUACGUGUGCCAAACGUACGAGAGAUUUGCAGCGGUUGCAUCUGUUUUGAAGACUAUGGUUGAACAUUUGGUUACAAACCAGGCUUCGAGGCUCUUAAAACACGUUGUCAGAUGCUACUUGAGAUUGAGUGACAACGUUGAUGCAAGAAAGGCGUUGGUGGCUUGCCUCCCGGAAUCUCUAAAGGAUGGAACCUUUGUUGCAGUCUUGAAAGAGGACCAAGCUACAAAGAAGUGUCUGACACAGCUAUUGUUCAACCUCGGAGACUACGAGACUCAACAGCAACAGAUUUCUCAACUACAACAAAAGCAACAGCAGCAACAACCUAAUGCUAAUCAAUUAAAUCCACUCCUUGCACAGCAAUUCUCAAUGAAGCAGAGUCUAUAA